AUGUCUACCACACAAAGAAGUGAAAGUAUGAAUUCAUUCUUUGAUGGCCAUGUCAAUUCCAAGACUACCUUGAAACAAUUUGUUGAGCAGUAUGAAAAUGCACUGAGAAGUAAGGUGGAGAAAGAAAACCAUGAAGAUUUUAAGUGUUUCUCAUAUAGUCUUCUUGGUGCAACUCAUUAUGACAUGGAGGUACAAGCACACGAUAUUUACACAAUUUCAAAGUUUAAAGAGUUUCGAGAUGAAUUAACUGGUAAAAUGUAUUGUGACUUCAUUUUUGUUGAAGUGGAUAACUCAGUUUCAGAGUACAUAAUUUCUGAAGAUAUCAAGGUUGGAGAGAUGAAGAAAACUGUUCACUUUCAGGUUUCAUUCAACGAAGAAAGUGAUGAUAUUCACUGUAAUUGUUGCCUCUUUCAGUUUAGAGGUAUACUAUGCAGACAUGCGAUAUAUGUUUUGAUUCAUCAUAAGAAAACCAUGAUUCCUGACAAAUAUAUCAUGAGAAGAUGGAGAAAGGAUGUGAAGAGAUGUCACACAAUGGUUAAAAUCAGUUAUGGCGGAUGGGAUGCUAGACCUGACUCACAAAGGCUUGACAAAAUGCAAAAGAACUUUGACGAUAUUAAGGAAUUAGCGUAUGAUUCUGAAGAUAAGUGUAUGAUAGUUUUGUCUUGCUUGAACAACCUAAAAGAUGAAGUAUCCAAACACGAGUCCAACACCAUUGGCGCUUGUGGAGGUGUUGAACCAGUGCCUGGGUCACCUAUCAAUACUAAUGGGUGCGAAGUUGAUGGUAUUUCAAAUCCAAGUCAACACAUACUUACUCCAUUGGUUAAGAAGAGAAAAGGUCGGCCACCAUCUAAAAGGAAGGUGUCUAAGGUAGAGGAAGAGAGUUCAAGCACAGCAAGUCGCCGACCCUUAGAAAAGAAUGACUUUGAGAAAGAACAAGAGAAAGGAGUCAAAAACAAACAAAAUGGAAGGAGUAAGUCUGCAGCAAGCAAAAAGCAAAAUAAUGAAGGAGAAAGAAUGAAGGACAUUUCAACCUCCACAAGUGGCAAUACCAGAAGAGUUCGUAUACCAUCGAAAAGACUAUUGGAAACGAUUUGA